AUGGCGUGGCCAAACAAGAACAAGGACAUGCUCUACCGGCGAGUGGGCAAUUCUGGUCUCCACGUCUCUGCACUUGGACUGGGAGGCUGGUUAACUUUUGGCGGUCAUGUCGACAACGAAAUCACCUUCAACUGCAUGAAGCAAGCUUACGACUUGGGAAUCAACUUUUUCGACACAGCUGAGAGCUAUGCGGGCGGACAAUCAGAAAUCGUCAUGGGUCAAGCCAUCAAGAAGUUUGGCUGGAAGCGCAGCGAUCUCGUCAUUAGCACCAAGCUCAAUUGGGGUCUGGCGAAUGGCGAGAUUCUAAUCAAUAACCACGGUCUAUCCCGCAAACACAUCAUCGAAGGCACACGAGCAUCUCUUGAGCGUCUACAGCUCGAAUAUGUCGACAUCAUAUACGCCCACCGCCCCGACCGUCUAACACCCAUGGAAGAGACAGUGAGAGCCUUCAACCAUGUCAUUGAGAAGGGAUGGGCAUUCUACUGGGGUACAUCGGAAUGGUCCGCGGACGAGAUCAGCGAGGCUUGUGGUAUUGCCAGAGCUUUGGGACUGAUUGCGCCCAUUGUCGAACAACCUCUGUACAACAUGUUGGAUCGGCAGAAGGUGGAAGGCCAGUACCAGCGACUGUACUCCCGCUGCGGCAUUGGUUUGACCACCUUCUCACCAUUGAAGAUGGGUCUCCUCAGUGGCAAGUACAACGAUGCGACGACGCAGCCUCCACCAGGAUCUCGCUUCGCAGAGAGCAACGACAAGUUCGCAAGCAGCGUGCGCAGAGACUGGGAGAACGAGCAAUGGGCUGGGAAUAUCAAGAAGAUCGUUGGAUUGAAGGAGGUUGCGGACAAAAUGGGCGUCAAACUGUCGCAAUUGGCUCUGGCAUGGUGUCUCAAGAACGAGAAUGUCUCCGCUGUGAUCACCGGCGCCUCUCGGCCAGAGCAGGUUGUUGACAAUGUAGAGAGUCUGAAGUUACUCCCACGCCUGACACCGGAGAUCAUGGCCGAGAUUGAUGAGUAUUUGCAGAACAAGCCAGACCAGGACCCAGCUAGACAGGAUUAA